GACGUUUGGUGGAUACAAGCUAUGGGUUUAACACAGGCUUCUCUCCACAUAUGUGCUCCCACACAAAGGCUUGACUUCCCCUCACCUAGCUGGAGUGCACCUCUGUUCACCUGUCUGUGACUCUUCCAAAGCUGGCGUUCUGGUGUCUUUGUCCUCCCUUGUUUCCCUGUCAAUCUGUCUCACUAGGUUCUAGAAAUAGUUUCUACCUCUCAACAUCCAUGUGUCACCAAGACAUUUCUUUUCCCUUCAGGCCAGCUGGAAUGGCAGCCCCCAAUGGCCGGACUGUGUUCACACACAUUCUGGUAGCCCUCUUUGCCAUGGGUUCCUGGACUGCUGUCAAUGGCAUCUGGGUAGAGUUGCCGUUGCUGGUGAAGGACCUGCCUGAAGGGUGGAACCUUCCCUCCUACCUGUCAGUGCUGGUAGCCUUUGGAAACCUGGGACCACUGGCUGUAACACUGUGGGGUCGCCUGUCAAAGAGUGAACUGGGCCCAAUCCGGGCAGUGCAGGCUCUGGGUGUGGUGGGCAUGGCACUGCUGGCUCCCCUGUGGUCCCAUGUGGUACCCAUGGCAGGGCAGCCCCAUUCUGUGGCCUUCCUAGCAUUAGCCUUUGCACUGGCCCUGAGCUGUUGUGCCUCCAAUGUCACCUUCCUUCCUUUCAUGUCCCAUCUGCCCCCAGCCUUCCUCCGAUCAUUUUUCUUAGGUCAGGGUCUUAGUGCCCUGCUGCCCUGUGGGCUGGCUCUGGCCCAAGGUGUAGGCCACUUAGAGUGCCAACCAGCCUCUACUCCUAGCUCUAGGGUCUCCCCAUUGCAAACCUCAUCAAGUCCCAAUGUUUCUCUCUCCCCUGACAUCUCCCCAUCAGUCCCCAUGGUGCCUGUCUACUUUAAGGAACACUUUUCAGCCAGCACCUUCUUCUGGGUGAUAACCAGCCUGCUUGCCAUCUCAGCAGCAGCCUUCCAGGGAUUGCUGCUCUUGCUGCCAUCUGUACCCACCACAGUUACCCCUAAGAGUGAAGGGCAGGGGCAGGGAGCCACACCAGAGGAAGAGGUGUCACCACUUCGGGAGCCAGGAGAGGAGAUUGGGACACCUGAGCCAGAGUCAGAGGAAAGAGCCCAGGGUUCACUGAAGCUGUGUUCAGUCAGAGCGGCCUGCCUGCUGGGGCUGUUAGGGGCUACAAAUGCCCUGACCAAUGGAGUCCUACCCUCUGUACAGAGCUAUUCCUGCCUGCCAUAUGGGCGUCGUGCCUACCACCUGGCUGUGGUGUUAGGAAGUGCCUCUAGCCCCCUCGCCUGCUUCCUGGCCAUGGGCAUCCUCUACAGGUCAUUACCUGGUCUGGGUGCCCUUUCACUGCUGGGCACCUUUUUUGGGACAUAUGUGAUGGUGUUGGCAUCCCUGAGCCCCUGUCCCCCCCUAGUGGGCACCACUGCAGGUGUAGUCCUUGUGGUGUUGUCAUGGGUCCUGUCCCUGGGCACCUUUUCCUAUGUGAAGGUGGCAGUGAGCUCACUCCUGCAUGGUGGUGGCCGAGGUGCAUUGCUGGCAGCAGGCAUUGCAAUCCAGACAGGUUCUCUGAUGGGGGCUCUUGCCAUGUUUCCUGCAACGAGCAUCUACCAAGUCUUCCACCGGAGCCAGGACUGCGUGGACAUGUGUAGCCCCUGAUCAUCCCUAAGGGGUUUGUUUGUUUUGGAGGGGAGUACCCUUCCCUUCUCUACACCCCACCCUCCCAGGAGUAAAGUAACUCUACCCCUGCUGGAGCAGCAUGUGCCUUAUUCCCUUGGGUGGGUGAGGUGUCAUCCCUUGCACAAUUCCCACCCCUCAGGGACGGGACAGGGAUUGGCUUAGGAUGAAGUGCCCCUAGCCCCCUGGAACCUUUCUCCCCGACCAAAAAAAAAAACCCAAGCAAACCCAAACCUUAGGAGUAGAGACUGAGGACCAAAGACAGGGAUUCUGUUGUUUUCCCUUCUGGGAGGCUUCCCUAUUGGCCCCCCUCCAGUCACUUAUCCUCUGGGUCCCAGAACUGAAGAAAGUUCAACAAACAUCUCCAGAGACCAGCUGUGUACAAGGCCUUGGGGUGGGGAUUACAGAGAAGGUGACAGCUAACAGUUCCUGUUCUGGGCACAUGGGAGAGUGCCCUUCAGACUCAGACCCCCCCCCAAGUCCAGUUACAACUGUAGUUUUAGAAUAAAAGUUCUAUUUUCUAUCUGAGUGGGACUCAUCAGUGGGGGUCAAAUUCCUUUUCAGACCUUUCCGGAGGCCCCUUCCUCCCUUCACCCUUAGUGACUGGCCCAAGAAUCCCUGAGACUCAGCGGAGAGUACAGGCUCCUCUCAGCCUGCCUGAUAGCUGUGGCUUUGUGGGGUCCUGGAGGAUGGGACUAUCUCAGGCAGGGCCUAUGGGCUAAGGUCAUUAUCAGCCUAAAAUUUUCUUCCUCAUAAGUUUGCUAUCCAAGACCAGAAAAAUUAAAAGGACAAAGCAGUAACCCCCAGGAUAAGGCAUAUCCUCUCACUGAGGAGGACAUGGCUAGUCACAAGGCCACCAUCUUGGUGCCCAACAAUGUUGUCCUCCCUGGUCUGAGCCUCCCUCCUUUCUGUGUCCCCAAACUGAGCCAUAGGAAAAGGGUUAAUUAUGCUAUGCUUGGCCUGGCUGUGGGGGGUCCAGCUCCUACCCAUUGUUCUCUGCGGAACUUCCCAAGGUUCCCUGUCCCUGACCUUGCAGUCUUUAUCCUCACAGCCUUUGAUUUGGCCCUGGGCCCUGCCCAUCUGUAUCUCUCAGAAUCCACUACCAUAACCCCUGCCUCUUAGUUUAUGGCGCCAACAGUCUGACCUUCUUCCAAGGCUGUUUCCUGAAAGCCUCACUUCUCUCUAUAUCAGCUCCCUGAACUCCCCAGCAAGAGGCCCUUGGGAAGGCAACCUCUGAGGUCAUUUAGUCCAACUCUCUUGUUUUACAACAGGGAGAGGGGAAAGGUCUCACAGGCAAGAGGUAGGGGCUCUAGCUCAGGUCUUCUGACUCCAAAUGCAGUGCUCCACCUUCUCAAAGAAAGGGCCAGUGUAGUGUUUUCCUUUACAAAUCACUGAAGAAGUAUGGUUGGUUCCAGAUUAGAGAGAUAUGAGUCACAGGCUGUUGGCCUAGGGAACCUUGCCCUGUGCACCCUUCUUUCCUUCACACCACUGCCAGGCUCAUGUUCCUCAGAGAAAUCUGGUUUUUUAAGUCACAGCUCUGCUAAAAAAAAAUCUGAAAUGGUUCCCUGUCUUCUGCCAAAUAAAAUUCAAAUUCUU